UGCUAUCUUCCUUCUCGUUCAUCCCUGGGUUAGCCGACCACGCGUGAAAGGGCUUUUUCUCCCAAUGAUGGAAACAUUCUGCUGUAGGCCUAUUCUGCUUGCAUUCGAGAGACACUAGCUUUGGGAUUAGGAUUUGAGAGAGCGAGAGAGAGAUGGCUUCGCGAUCCAGCCACUGGAAUCGUCAGCAGCAGAGGUAGAGAGUCUCUCACGCUCGCGCCGCCGUCGAUGUUGCUGUCUGUUGCACGAUGAGCGUAGCUCUGCAAGAUUUGAGGAACAACAUGUCCAGCUACAAGCGUGCAACAUUUGAGGAGGAGGAGGCGGCAGACAACCCAGCCGAUGGGGGCAUGUCUCCGGACAGUGUGGAGGUUGGCUUCCGGAAGGGCGGCAUCCAGCUACUCGGUCCCCUGGGCAGGAGGACGCAGAUGGAGGUGGUGCUGGCUGGUGUGCUGCUCGCCUCCCUCCUCGCCCUGUUCGGAUGUGCCGUCACUCUGGGCAUGCGCUACAACAAAGACCCAGCGCGGAGCCUGUGUCUGACCGAGGCCUGUAUUACGGUGGCCAGUAAGAUCGUAGAGGCCCUGGACCGCAGCGCCGACCCCUGCCAGGACUUCUACCAGUACGCCUGCGGGGGCUGGGUCCGCAAGAACCCCCUCCCUGACGGACGCUCUCGCUGGAGCACCUUUAACAGCAUCUGGGACCAGAACCAGGCUGUCCUCAAACACCUGCUGGAGAACGGCACGUUCAACUCCAGCAGCGACGCCGAGAGGAAGACCCAGUUCUACUACCUGUCCUGUCUCAACGAGCAGCACAUAGAGGAGCUGGGAGCCACGCCCCUCAUUGACCUCAUCGCAAAGACAGGGGGCUGGAACAUCACAGGGCUCUGGGAGAAGGACAACUUCAUGGAGGUGCUGAAGACAGUUUCGGGCCCCUAUCGUGCCCAGCCCUUCUUCACCAUCGGAGUCAGCGUGGACCCCAAGAAUUCCAACAGCAACGUCAUCCAGGUGGACCAAUCGGGGCUGUUCCUCCCCUCGCGGGACUAUUACCUCAACAAGACAGCCAAUGAGAAGGUGUUGAAGGCGUAUCUGGACUACAUGGUGGAGCUGAGCCUGCUAUUGGGGGGGGAUAAAAACUCCACAAAGAGCCAGAUGCAGCAGAUCCUAGACUUUGAAACGGCGCUCGCCAACAUCACUGUACCGCAGGACGAACGUCGCGACGAGGAGAAGAUCUACCACAAGAUCACCAUCGCCGAGCUGCAGCUGCUGGCUCCGGCGGUGGACUGGCUGGACUACCUAUCCUCUGCCCUGUCCCCUCUGGACCUGAACGACACAGAGCCUGUGGUGCUAUAUGCCAAGGAGUACUUGCAGCAGGUGUCUGACCUGAUCAACAAGACCGAUCUCAGCCUGCUCAACAACUACAUGAUCUGGAACCUGGUGCAGAAAGGAGCGUCCAGUCUGGACCAGCGCUUUGAGAACGCCCAGGACAAGCUGCUAGAGAGCCUGUAUGGAACCAAGAAGUCCUGCACACCUCGAUGGCAGACCUGCAUUGGGAACACAGAUGACACACUCGGCUUCGCCCUGGGAGCACUCUUUGUCAAAGCGACGUUUGAUAAACACAGCAAAGAGAUUGCAGAGGGGAUGAUCAAUGAGAUCCGUACUGCCUUCAAAGAUGCUCUUGAUCACCUCAAAUGGAUGGACAAACAAACGCGUCAGGCAGCCAAGGACAAGGCGGACGCCAUCUACGACAUGAUUGGAUUCCCUGACUUCAUCCUGGAACCCAAAGAACUGGAUGAUGUUUAUGAUGGGUAUGACGUCUCGGAAGAAAACUUCUUCCAGAACACACUCAACUUCUACAACUUCUCCGCCAGGGUGAUGGCCGAUCAGCUCCGCAAGCCGCCCAACAGGGACCAAUGGAGUAUGACCCCUCCCACAGUCAACGCCUACUACAUGCCAACCAAGAAUGGCAUUGUCUUCCCAGCUGGAAUCCUUCAGGCACCCUUUUAUGCCCAGGAUCACCCCAAAGCACUGAACUUCGGGGGGAUCGGAGUGGUGAUGGGACACGAGCUCACUCAUGCCUUUGAUGACCAGGGCAGGGAAUACGACAAAGACGGGAACCUUCGGCCAUGGUGGCAAAAUUCCUCUGUGGAAGCAUUUAAGAACCGCACGGAAUGCAUGGUGGAGCAGUACAACGGGUUUACCAUCAAUGGGGAGCACAUAAAUGGCAAGCAGACGCUGGGAGAGAACAUUGCUGACAACGGAGGCCUAAAGGCAGCCUAUAAGGCGUACCAGGCAUGGGUGCAGGAGAACGGUGAGGAGAAGAGGCUGCCAGCGGUCAACCUGACCAAUGACCAACUAUUCUUUGUGGGAUUUGCCCAGGUGUGGUGUUCCGUGCGAACCCCGGAGAGCGCCCACGAAGGACUCAUGACAGAUCCCCACAGCCCCCCAAAAUACCGCGUCAUCGGCACCCUCUCCAACUCGCCAGACUUUGCUGAGCACUUCCAGUGCCCCACUGGCUCCCCUAUGAACUCGGGUCACCGCUGUGUGGUGUGGUAGGGCCUGGGAGAACCAGUGGGGGGUGCUGUCUGUGGAAGCUGCAUGGAGAACCAAGAGGAGGAGGAAGAGAACCUCUAACUAAUCAUCGGACGUUUUUGUCUUCUAGUUUUAUUUUAUUUGCACAUGAUGCUGGAUUACUAGUGGUUUGUGGGUAGAGCAGGACAGACUCCAGGUGAGCGAGAGGGAGGCGCGUGGAGAGAAAUGUUGUAAUCUGCUGAUGUGUGUGUAAUUCCAGUGUUAUGGUAUUUUUCCUCUUUCUCCGCGCCCCAGUCACACCCCCCCCCAACCCCACUCACCAGUGGGGCACAAAGGCACGUUUUAUUUAUUGUUUGCUGGACUUGGUAGGGGGCCGGGGAGGAGGAGCCACUAUGGGCUGUCUAUCCCCUCCCCUUUCUCUAUGCUUCUGUGUUGUCGCUGUACUCGCUGUGUGUCCUGUUUACAAUUUAAACCGGAGCCCUCUAUUGACUGAGGGCUCUCACUGAAACCACUGUGACAUCACAGGAUGGGUUCAGCUGCCUUUGUGACCUCGCAGGAAGCGCAGAAACUUGGCUGUGACAUCACAGGAAGUGCAGAAACUUCACUGUGAUUGAACAUUGUAUAUGGCUUCAUCUCAAAUGUCAUCCCUAUAUUACUUUCUUGCCUUGAGGCACAUAAGGCAUCCACAAGAGAGCACCACUGCUUCCGGACUGCAUUCCCUAUAUAGUAUACACAUAGUACAAUGUGGCUCUGGUAAAUAGUAGUGUCCUAUGGGGUGUAAUUUGUAUAGGGUGUCAAUUGAGAUGGAGCCAUAUAGACUCAGCUCUCCCUUUUUCUCUGUUGCUUCACAUGAAGUGCACUGUCUUCUGUGGGUCCUCACAGACACCACUCAGCUCCCUCUGUGACAUCACAAUGAAUCCACAGAAGGUGCUUCACUGUGACCUCAUAGCAGGGGCGGGGAUCUUAAUACUCAAAAAUGGCCUCCUCUCCUAUGUACCAUGUUCUACUGCUCAUUUAUACAAAAUCACUGGACAGGUGAAAACAAUAUUGAAGCCUACUGAUAGGCCUUGUCACCAUAUUGCUUAUAGCUAUCCCAUUUCUUAAAGAUCAGUGGCGAGCAUUUUGAGUACAUAGGAAAGAAUACAUAGGAAAGCCACUUAACAAUGUUGAUCCAACCAGGAGUAGGGUGACGUUGCCCCUAGAUGCUGAUCUUGGUUCAGUUUAGCAUUUUCCCCACUAAUGGUUAAGGUUAGGAUUAGGGGAGGGAAAGCUGAUUGUAGAUCUGUAUUUAGGGGAAACUUCACCCUGGAGCAUCCAACCACAAGAUGGGCAGAGGUCCCUCUGCGACCUAUAGACAGUGCUGGACUGGCUGUGACUCCGGUUGCAGGGACACUCACCACUUGCUUACCUGUGUGUUUUUGUUGUUGCUGCUGCUGUUGUUGUUGUUGUUGUUAUUGGCAUAUUCUGAAGUUGACAAAGUUGAAAUGAGAUUCUCAUUUUUAAAACUGCUUUUUGCCAAAGAUAUUUUUUAUUAUUUUUUUGUUCCUUGUGUCCAGUUGAUUCUUUGUUUCUCUGUACGCUAGGGGGAGUGAAGUUCAGUGUGUGUGUAUGAACAGUCUUCGAAGCUUGUUUGAUGUUUACUGUGUUUAAGCUGUCAGCUUCAUUGCAAAAGGACAGUUUGUGCACGUGUGUGUGUAUGCGCGUGGUUGUGUGGGUGCGUGUGUGCGUGAGAUUGUAUGUGUGUGUGCCUGUGCGUGGGUGCAUCCGUGCGUAGGUGUGCACGUGUGUGUACACGUGUGCAUAUGUGUGCAGAUUGCUUGGAUACUUCAUCCCCACUUACGUUGGACUAUCAACAAUGUCAAGUCAGCUGCAGUGAUUUCACCUCACAUUCCAAAAAAACACUCAUUUGAAAUGAAUGGAUAUGUUGAAGAAGGGAUAUGUUCCUAAAUAACUCCUUGUUUGUACAUCCUCCACUCCAAAGUGCUGUAGACUGUCUCUUUGUAAGGUAGGGUGGGUACAGGAUACCUUAGUUAAUCGGGUUACUGUUAGACUCUUGUUCAAUCAAGCUAUGCUACUGUUUUAUCUCUAGUUGCUCCUGUCAGCACUUUGCAAAGUUGUUUCACUACAAGACAUGGAGAUGUGUCAUUACUCAUGAGCAUACGAGUACUGCACCCCACCCCACCACACUGUACACCAAACCCUACCCCAUACAGGACAAUCCCAUUGUCUCAUGACAGGUGGCGCCACUCCAACCCAACACUAGUCCUUCAAUGCAGAUGGAGUUGUGCUAUCUAAUGUAAGACAAUGAGGGUUAACCAAUUGGAGUCAGUUGAUAUUGGCUGCAAUCAGAAGCCCUCCUGUUAGGUGAACUGCCCUAGAAAGAGAGAGUUUCUGAAAAAUCCGCCAUUCAAUUUCACAACAAUAAAGGACAAUAUGAUGCAUCCUUCCAGUUCAUUAUAAAGGUCAUUAUCAUACAUUUUGUGAAAUCAAAUAUCUAACACAGAGAGUUAGUUAUGUCUAUUCUACACGACACAUUUCUAUUUGAGCGUUGUGCCCUCCAAGCUCCAUAAUGAGGUUCACAUGGGCAGGGGUUAGAGGUCAGUGGGAAGUGCUUACACGUAGAGGGUUGGUCGGGGUUAGCUUUAAAUAUUUACUUAAUGAAAUAGAGGGCUGUAUUUAAAGUGCAAGCAAAAAUCAUAACUUGAAAGUGUGUAAAAGCCUUUAAUUAGCCAGCUAAUGCCAUUAAGUGUUCUCUCGUUGGUCUGAUGUGCUGUGUACCUGUCUGUCACUGUCACUCCACAAUUAUCUUCUUUCUUCAGCCAUCUAGUCAUACACUUUUCACACUAUCUGAACUGUAUUGUCCUUUCCAGCACUGUUGCAGCAACUAGGGUUGAUACGUGAUUAGUGCAGCUUGGUUCUGCUCAGUUAGUCUCAGCUCAGAAGUGUAAAAGGGUAUUAAAUCCUGGUGAAGAGAAAGCUAUCGUUUUACUUAUUUAGUUAUUUAGGCCUUUUUAUUCCUACGUGGAACAUUAUGCUACAAACUACCGGCCCGUAUUUCUUGGAGACAAGUUGUUGAAAUUGAAAACUGAAGUCAAAUAACUUAUCUUUAGUGACUUUUAAGGCCCAUGGUUGAGCUCUGGUAGUAGAAACAGGGCUGCCAGCGAGACUAGACUACACCACCAGGGUUGUGUUCAUUAGGGCACGCAACUGAAAACAUAGUAAAAAUGAAAAUGAGCGUUUCUUAUUGGAACAAGUCCAGGUAGUCCCUCCCUGUUUGUCUGUUUUCUUCCGUUUGGUGCCUAAUGAACACUGUCCUGUCAGUCAGCACCUGCCUAGCGACUUGGUACCGCCUCUCUCCAUCUCUCAGUGAGAAACAGCUAAAGCCAGCCUGCUAUCAAGCGAUCACGGUCUGAAGAAACCUGUCUUAGGACAGGGAACAUACAUACAUACAGCUGGCAGUCACUUCUGUGUCUUAAGUAUGUCCCAACUGUAUCUGGUAUGGGAAGACUCAUGUCCCACCUGUAGUACAACAUUCUGCUGAAAAAUAAAUAAAGGAUAUAUAUAUAUAUUA